AUGAGCGGCGCCUGCACGAGCUACGUGAGCGCGGAGCAGGAGGUGGUGCGUGGCUUCAGCUGCCCGCGCCCGGGGGGCGACGCGGCCGCCGUCUUCUGCUGCGGCUUCCGCGACCACAAGAACUGCUCCGACGACCCGCACAGCUUCUUCCCCUACGAGCACAGCUACCUGUGGUGGCUCAGUAUUGGUGCUCUUGUGGGCCUGUCCAUAGCAGCAGUGGUCCUCCUGGCCUUCAUUGUCACUGCCUCUGUGCAUUGUUACCUGUUCAUCAGCUCAAAACCCCACACAGUUGGACCCAGGCUUAAAGUUACAGACUACAGACGGCGAGACCAACGUUCAGAGAAACAGCAUUCUGGUACAGACCAGAGCUCGGAUCAGAGGUCAGGAAUGCCUGCCCUGCCAGUGACUUGCUGA